AGCUCACCUGCUCCUCUCUGUGUUUACCUCCCAAUCCCAGCGCUGCUGUAACGGUGGCAAACUGGACAAAAAGCACCAUCUUCAGCCCGGUGCGCCAGAAAUACUGAUGUAAGCUGCCUGGUGUUCCAUCCUUCUGGGAUUUUUUUGUCAGCUACACCGUGUGUUAGUGCCACUGUCCGUGGCGAAGCUGUGAUGAAUAAGGAGAUCAUGUCCCGUGUGGUGAGGAAGAGGCAGGCGGAUCCUAAGGUGGUCCAGUACGUGUGGGAAGCCAUCGAAGUCAUUCGGAACCAGAAACAAAUCGCAAACAUGGACCGGAUCUCCAAGUACCUGAGCCGGGUGUUCGGCAUGCACCCAAAGGAGACGGCGCGGCAGCUGAGCCUGGCGGUGAAGGACGGGCUGGUGGUGGAGACGCUCACCGUCGGCUGCAAGGGCUCCAAGGCCGGCAUCGAGCAGGAGGGCUACUGGCUGCCUGGAGACGAGAUGGAGCCGAAAGCCGAGGGCAGCAAGGACUGGGAGGCGGAGAGCCACGACUGGUACUGCUUCGACUGCCACCUACCAGGCGACGUCCUGCCCUGCGACAACUGCUUCCGGGUCUAUCAUCUCAAAUGUCUGCCGGAGGAGUGCAAACCCAGAGACGGAGGCUCCCACUGGCAGUGCGUCGUCUGCAGGGGAAGUAAAAAGAAGAACCUGAACAAACAGGAGAUGUGUAAAUACCUGCGCUUCAUCAUCCAGCGGAUGAAAGAGAGGGCAGUGGAUCUGAACAAAAAGGGCAAAGACACUAAACACCCCAUGUACAAACGGCUGAUCCACACCGCGCUGGACGUCUCCAACAUCCACGAGAAUCUGACUGAAGGAAAAUACAAAACCUUCGAGGAGUUCAAAGCUGACGCUCAGAUGAUCGUUCAUAACACUGCCAUCCUGUAUGGAGUUCACAGCGACCAGGCGGAGAUCGCACGGCUGCUGUUUAGCGACACAUGCCACGAGUUGAACGAGUUGGUGUUGUGUAAGAACUGUUUCUACCUGUCGAACGCCCGGCCAGAAAACUGGUUCUGUUAUCCCUGUACUCCGAGCCACGACCUGGUCUGGGCCAAGAUGAAGGGCUUCGGCUACUGGCCCGCCAAAGUCCUGCAGAGGGAAGACAACCAGGUGGAUGUUCGCUUCUUUGGCCACCAGCACCAGAGAGCGUGGAUCCCGUCUGAGAACAUCCAGGACAUCAAGGUGAGCGUCCAGCAGCUGCAGGUGAAGCGCAGCAACGGCUGGAAGAAGGCGUGCGAGGAGCUGGAGGUGUACCAGCGCUUCCUGAGGGAGGGCCGCUUCUGGAAGACAAAGAUGGAGGACAGCCCUGCGCCGCACCAGCAGAACCAGAACCAGCGGAAGCAGCAGCAGGACGAGGAGGAAGACGAGGAGGAGGAAGAGGAGGAAGAAGAGGGCGAAGAGGAGGCGGCCAGCAGGAGGACGCAGAGACCGGAGCGGACGGACGAAGCCGAGUCCAGCAUCUCGUCCACCAGCAACGAGCAGAUCCGCCACUUGAAAAGCAGCCAGGAGCCCAAAGCGAAGAAAAGCCGCAGGACUCUAAUCGUUGAACCCAAAGAGGAAGCCAGUGAGCCGGAGCCGGAGAUGGAGGCGGUGAGCUCCAGCCAGGAGAUCCCGGUGUCGUCGGCGCCGCCGCCACCCGAGAAGCUGUCGGUAUCGACGCAGACCAAGAAGGCGAGCGGCGGCUCGCCGCGCAUGCUGCACCGCAGCACGCAGACCAACAGCGAGGGGCCGUGCCACAACAUGUGCCACGAGAAGUACAGCAAGGUGUUCGGCGAGGUCAAGGAGAUGAUGAAGGCCGACAACAAGAGGGAGACGGAGCGCGUCGUCAGGGAGGCGCUGGAGAAGCUUCGGGCUGAGAUGGAGGAGGAGAAACGUCAGGCGGUGAGCAAGGCGGUGGCCGGAGUCCAGGCGGAGAUGGAGAGGAAGUGCAAACAGGUGAAGGAGAAGUGCAAAGAGGAGCUGGUGGAGGAGGUGAAGAAGCUGGUGGCCCAACACAAGCAGCUCAUCUCCCAGACCAAGAAGAAGCAGUGGUGCUAUAACUGUGAAGAGGAGGCCAUGUACCACUGCUGCUGGAACACCUCCUACUGCUCCAUCAAGUGUCAGCAGGAGCACUGGCACGCAGACCACAAACGAACCUGCCGCAGGAAGAGAUGAACAAGCCCCACCCCUCCUCACACCUCAUUGGCUCCCGCCCUCAGUCAGUGAACAACACACACACACACACACAGCGUUUCUCCCUGGGAACUGGUUGGACCGGAUGUUUCUGCUGCGUGGCGAAUGAUCCCGUUUUAUUUAAUGUAGCCAUCGUUUUCUUUUUUUUUCUCUUGAAUCGUGAAGUUUUCUCCGCUGCAGAGAUUUUUAUGUUCUGUUGUUUUGUUUUUUUACGUUUUCUUUAACGAAAUGCUGAUGUUGCGUCUAUUUAAGUGAGCAUUAAUAGAAAACCUUUUAUGACCUGGAUUUAAAAAGAAAAUGUUUUGGGGUUUUUUGUGUCCUUGCUGAACAAACUCUGAUUUCAUCUGUAGCAACCUGAGCUGUCAGCGGUUCGGCUUACAGAUUUUAAAGUCAUGUUGGAUCUUUUUUUUGUUUUAGUUUUAUAUAAAUCUAUGGCGGUGGAUGCACCUUUUUAUCAUGUCUACCUAAAAUUUUAUUGUCCUCAAUCAUUCAUUGGGAACAGGGUCAAAAUGUCAACUUUUAAAGCCAGUUGACAAGUAAAUCUUCCCCUUAUUUUAAAUUAAUAUUAUCAUAAAUGGUAUAAAUAUGCACCAGUUUGGCUUCUCGGCUGACUAGACUGUUUCUCUGAGUCUGAAGGUAAAGAAAAGGUUUACAAAUUACUCUAAAUCUGGAGAAUUUUAUAAAAGUCGUCUAAUUGGAUCACUUUUACUCGUUUAACAAUCUAAAACUGCCCGGUUAAUCCCCUCUGCCCGGUUUGCUGAACCUACCUGAGAAGAUCGGACACGUUGCCUGGACGAUCAAAUGUAUAUUUUUGCGAAUGUCAUCAGUGUCAUUUUUCUCGUGGUGUGCGCUAGUUAAAGACUUUCUCACUGCGUUCUGCUGUUGUUGGUGCCUGUUUUCCUUUCUGCCAGUGAGGCCAACAUGCAUGUCGAUAGCUUCACCUCUUUUUCUUUUUUUUUUUUGCGAAAACAAGAA